AUGACUUUAAUUCUCCUCUUUUCACUGAUUCAUCUGGGUGUUAGUAUUGGUAUUAUCGGACAGUAUCGAAAAUACAGCAGUUUCUUGGGUCCACAAAUAGGAUUAGCUGGUUAUAACCUCGCUAUUAGUAUAUUUGGGCUGGCCGCUGGUAUUGUAGGUUUAUUCGCAUUUAUGACCGACUCACCAAAAAUAGGAAAAAUUGUCUGUGGAAUAUCAGCUGCAGUAGGCAUCAUGGCUCUUGCAUCGUUAGUAACUGCAAUUAUUGUGAAUGCAAAGUCCAUAAGCUAUGUCGGAAAUCGAUUUAAGUCUAGAAUGAGUAUUUAUGGAUCUGAUUCAGAUGCUCGAACCGUCAUUGAUAAGUUUCAAACAAAUUAUCAAUGUUGUGGUGCAUAUACAUGGCUUGAUUGGGCCAAUGUUGAUCUUGUUGCCCCCAAUGCAACAAUAACUACAACGAUGAUGACAACAACAGCAAUAACAAACACCGCCACCACUACUUCAACAUCAACUUCUACUACUACUACUACUACUUCUGGCAGCGGUAAAAGCGCUGUCUUGAAUCAAGAGGCGUCUCCUGCAAAUAUUCGUCGACGAAAACGACAAGCCGUUUCAUCAUAUGGCGAUAUCAUUGGUCUACCGAUCUUGUUUGGUGUCGUAUUUCCUUACUCGUGCUGUACAAGUGAUGCGUUAACAGUUACUGAUGGAACAAUUACAUAUUGCGUAUCGAAUCAAAAUGGUGCUGUCAAUCAUUUUUAUACCAAUGGAUGUAUAAAAGAUCUUGAUACAAUCGCUGGGAAUCAAUCCAUGGGUUUCGGUGUUAUCAACUGUUUCCUAAUUGUUUUAUCGUUUGUUGCCAUACCUUUACUCUGGAAAAUGUCAGCAUCUGUAUAG